CUCUCCUCACAGGACGUCAAGUACACGAUGAAGCUGGACAUGUAUGAAUUCUGCACCACUGAACUGCAGCAGAAACUUAGCCCCAUGAGGACCAAAUUCAAGGAACAAGAAGAGAAAAAGAUGGCUCAGAAAGCCAAGCUGAUAGCCGAGGGCAAGCUGCUGGGACCGAAACUGGCAGGAGCGGCAGCUAUAGCCAAGAAAGAUGAGAAUGUUGAAUAUGAACCUUUUCAGUUUGAAGAUGAUGUAGGCAGUAAUAACAGUGGAUACUACGAGCUAGCGGCCGUCCUGACGCACAAGGGAAGGUCUUCAUCAUCUGGUCACUACGUCGGCUGGGUGGCCCUCAAGAACGGUGAGUGGGCGAAGCUGGACGACGACAAGGUUACCUUGGUGACGGAGGACCAGAUACUGAAGCUGUCUGGAGGUGGCGAUUGGCACGUGGCGUACAUUCUGUUGUACGCUCCUCAGAGGUUGGAGAAGAUGAGAGAGGAAGAGGAGGAAGAGGAGGAGACCCCACCCACUGCAGAGGAGACUCUGAUGUUCCAAUGGAGACUGCUGACUCAGCAGACCCUCCUCCUCCUCCGGCCAAUUAACAAUGACAUCAUCGUGACAUCAUUCCAUCUCUCUUGAUUAGACCAGUGUGUCAGCUUCACACACAUCGUGACUAUUGUAUAAUGACUAUUGUGAUGAUGGUGUGUGUAUUAUAACAACACAACCAUAAUUAUGCAAUAUUGUUGGCCGGUAUCACUAAGUACAGUAGUACUUAGUAUAUUAUAGGGAUGGGCAUGGUACCUAGCAUCAUAGAUGUAUGGA